CUCACCUACGUGUUCUUGAGAAACAAGGUUCCCUUGAAGUUACCAACUUUGGGUCGUUUGUUCCACAUGUUCUCCAAAGAGACAUGCCCUGAUGAGGUGCUGUACAGAGAAUUACUACACUUUCUCAGUGGUGUUGCAGAAGAUGAUCAAAACAAGAUGAAGAUAGACAGAAGCAGUCAGCCUCGAUCGAGGACAUCCGUGUCAGUGCAUAGUGACCCUGGCAGGCCACCCACUAAUGUCAGGACAAACAAGAGCUGGACUGAAAGGUUUCAGAAGAUUGAGAAAGCCAUGGAUCUGUGUGAUACUCAAAACACUGGGUACCUUGACAAGGACAAAGCCAGACGUCUGCUUCAAAACUACAAUGUCAUCCUCGACCUCCACUUGAGCCCCCUGAAGAUAGCUGAAGUGACUCACACCACUCCGUCGGAGGGCAAGGUCCACUUGGCCUCGGCGCUGCGGUACCUUAAGGGGUUAUGAAAAGGGCUCCGAUUCUAGACAUCUGGGCUCUUAAAAUAGACAUGGCAGCUGGGGUAUAGAGAAUGAGACAAAAAAAGUACUAGAUAUUCGUAGAACGUUUUAUAAUGCAGAACACCACAGGACAUGACACAUCUGGGGUAAUUGGUCAUUCCACAUUGCUUAGCCUUCACCGUGCUUUGCUAACUUCACCGUUCUGCUUCGCUAAGUUGAGAAUUUGCAGUAUGUAACGAGAUCAUUUAAAAAAAUAUGCACAUCUAAAACAUACAUAGAAAACUAUUUAAGAGUGCAAAACUGGUCAUGUGAUUCAGAGGGGGGGAAAGAAGAGUCCAUUUCAGCCCCAGGUCCCGUCCUUCAGCUGCUCGUCCAGCUUUCUGGUCUCCUGUUUCAAUAUCAUUCGGGCCAGAGCUAUUUCUUCAAUGAGCAGUGGGUCACCUGCCGGGUACUGCUCCGACACCGACGCCCUAUCAGGUCAGAGGUCAAUAGGAGAUACCGUAAGGGCACGUUUGCAAUAGGUGGAAAAAGCAAACACACAAUAAAUUAAAUCUAAAAAUUAAAAGUUUAUUAAAUAAAUAAACACAAUUAAGUAAAUACACAUGUUAAACUUUCUCACAGAAUGUUAAUGCAAGCCUAUCUGUUAAAAUUGAUUUGUAAUUACUACUCUCUUUAAGUGUUUUAAGUCCUUUGCUUUGUAUAGGCAAGGUGAAACCAAUAUAUUCAGAUAUUUACAUGCUAAAAUAUGUUCUUUCUGUUAAAUGGAGAGUGCUCUGACCUGAGAUGUUGUGCCAGUUCU